UCUAAACGGGUGAAAAGAUCAUACUCACACUAAACACUCGGUUGUACGCUAUAUUUAUAAAUGUGUUACAAUGGCAUUCUCCUUUCUCUUUUAACUAAAGGAUAUGGUCAAAACAGAAGACAUAUCCGCCAUGGCGGGCGGCUGGAGAGCAGUGUUUGAGAGAAGCCGGUUGGUACCCCCGCCCAGCCAGACUGCUCGCCUGGCUGUGGAAAGCCACUUCACCCAGUCCCAGGGCUUCCAGCUCAGCCUCAGCCGGCUCACUACACCGCACCUCCCGCAGGAAACAUCAGAGGAGGACCAAAAUGUGACCUACCAGCUGCGAGUGACCCUGUUUGAUAGGAAGCACCAGCACUUCUUUGGGAAAACAUGGAAGAGCCGGCCUCAGAGGAUGAAAAACACCAAGAUCUCCUUCAAUGAGGUCCUGUACUUCCAUACGUCUCUGCAGUUGCCCAGCACGGUGGUGGUUAUGGAGCUGGUGUCCUUGACACCCAGGCCAGACGGCGCCCAGCAUGCCCUGGGGCGAGGCUUCACUGUCCUGGAGCUUUUUACUAUCAGGACAGGCUCUCAGCCUGCUGAAGGGGACAGAAGGCUAAAUCUACACCAUGGAUCACCAAGAAGCCUCCUCCAUCCCCUGCUGAAGGACACUGUUGAUUACAGCAGUCUCCUGAAGGCUAUUGAUGGAGCAUGUUUGGACUGCGCGUUAAAAAAACACCCUGUGCUGGUUUCCAUGAUGCACCUCCUUCCAGAGAAUGUCCUUGUAUCUGGAGAUGAGAACAUUCCCGGGCUUGUAGCUUCUCCAACAGAAGCAGCCGGGACCAGAGGGUACACUGCGGACGGUUGUCAUCCAGGAAAGAAGGCUCCAUGUCGGGGUCCACAAUGGCUGGUGUUUCCUCGACAAGCCCCAAGUGGUGGUUCUGGAGCCCAUAGCCUCAGGGGCCAGAGGCCGAGCAGACAGCGCCUCCAAACAGAGCACCCUGGUCAAAGAGAGCUCGCUAACAUCAUCCCUCCCUCAAACGCUGGGCCUUCGCAGCAGCUUGGAGCUCAGGCUGUCCAAUCAUCCAGCUUUGGCAAUCGUCUUCCAGCUGGAGUUUGUCUUCUCUGCUCCAAUUGGCCGAGAAACGAUGCUGUCUGCCACCUCCACAUCCCGAGCAGCCUUCUUGCAGUGCGUUCGCUGGGGGAUUUGGUGCCCCUUCCAAGAGCCAGCUGCCUGGAAGGGGGAAGAGAUACAGCUUGUUCUGCAAGGAGGUGCAAAGCCAAACCCUCACGGAGUCAUGGUCUACAGCACAGAGAUGUCUGCCAAAACUCAGAGCCCUGCGCCACUCUCAGCUCCAGGCACGGCUCAGGCGAAGGUCUUGGGGGCGAAGGAUAAGCUAACCUUUCGGCUGUCAUCCAGUCCGGAGAGGAAGCCAUCCAGCCCAAAGGCAUCUCUGAGGACAAAGCAGGAGGAUGUGUCACGUCAGAGAAAAUCUCCUUCAUCACCUUCACAAGGUCAAAAAUACGUUCCGCCAGCUUCUCCUCCAGAAUCUCCUCAAGGCCCCGGGCUCUCACUGUCUCAGCUGGCAGCUACUUCACGUUACCCGACCAUCAGCCACUCCAGCUCAGCGUUGCCAUGGCAACAGUCGUUUCCUUCUCUGCUCCAUCCUUCCCCGUUGGCAUCGGCCCACCAGCUGUCACAUGUCGCCUGCUCAGGUGUCAGCAACAUCGCUCACCUGGAAAUGGACCUUCAGCGGCAAGGGGAGGCGUCGCCUUCAGCUCAAGACGAAGGAGACCAACUUCAGGAGCUGCCCUUCACCCCUGUCCAUGCCCCUGUCAUCACCCUGGGGAUGAAUGUGCCUAGAUCCAGCUCAGUCAGCUCUAGGAGCUCACUGGCCCACCUCUACUCCGCUGGUUUUCCUGACAUCGUGGACUGUAGUGGACAGGUGGCGGAAGUCCUGGACCCCACAGAGCCCAUGCCCUUUGACCCCCAGCGUGAAGAGACUGACCCUCUACAGGGCAACCUGCUGGUGUUGCAGUUUCUGGCAUUUACCAGAAUACCAACGGCGGGUGUUGGUCGCGAUUGGCCUGACAACGUCUACUUCACCUUCCAGUUCUAUCGCUUCCCACCAGUCACAUCUCAGCAGCUCAAACUACUGACCAGUGACAAGGUUCAACAGAAAGCUAGCGAUCCCCUUCCCUGUGUCCUGGCCUCCAUCAACAAAGACGGCGCUGUCAACUCUGGCUCUCCGGGCCUACAGGUGCAGUUCAGAGUAGAUGAGGGUUUCCUGAGGCCAGGAGAGAAACGAUGGUUCUUGCGCUACCUGGCCCUCCACACCCUGCACAUCGACAUCUGGGACAGCGACUCAUUGCUCCUCAUAGGUUCUACUGCUAUCGAGCUCAAGUACAUGUUGCGUCAGGGUAAAUCGGCAGUGCAGGCCCUUCAUGAGGUGGAGGUGCUGACCACUGAUUACGUCGGAGAGGACACCCUGCAGACGAGCGCAGAUUUAGGUCAACAGUCAGCCUUCAGCCCCAUGACGGUCCACACCAUCGUCAGGGGCCGGCUGCACAUACGCACAGGCAACAUAGGGUGCCCAGUGGAUCCUAGCAGGAGGAGGGCAGCAGACGUGAUGCCGUCUCAUUCUCACAUCAUCAGACCUCGUGAAGUCACAGGUGGCUUCAGAGGAGGGAGCCUGUCCUCCAGAAACAUCCUCCAACUCAAUGGCAAGCACUUUAAUCCACAGCCCACUGACUCCUCGAGGAACACUGCACAAGCACACCGACUGGAAAAAGAUGGGGAUCGGGUGCCGUUGUUCAGACGCGGGAUCAGAGCUGAUGCCAUCGUGCCCGGAGAGCACAAUCUAAACGAGCCUGACGGCGGCCGCCGCAAGCUCGACUGCAUGGCUGCCGUGCAUCAGAGGGAGGGCAAGGAAGAUGCUAAAGUGCCUACGGUCACGGAUCGGACUAAGGAAGCCCGGUUAGCUAAAGAACUUCGUCAUAUCAAACCCAGCGAAGAGCUCAGCAAAGCGGAGGGCAUCGCCAACAUGCUGAGCCAGGCCAUCACCACCCAGCACCUGCUCUAUGCCAGCCUGGGCUCUGCUGAGUACAUGGAGUUUGUCCUUAAAAAUCCCUUUAAUGUACCUCAGACCGUCACCGUUCACUGUGAUGACCCUGAGCUCAGUGUCAUCACUAACACGGAGGAGUGGGGUUACUUCAAAGCACUAACCAAAACUCCGACCCUGCUGGAGGAGAACAUGUUCCACUUGGAGGAAGGUGCCCCAGGUCCCAGGGUUUACCUCCGGCCCAAGGAGAGCAUCCAUAUCCCCCUGAAAUACCAGAGCUUCCUCUGUGACCACACCAUGGCCCUCCAGGGACCAAGCUUCCUACCUACAGGCAAAGGUUCUCAGGUGGCCAAGAAGAAUCUGUCCAAUAUUGUUGCUGCCAAGACUAUCAAGGUUACAUUCAAAGCAGAAGACGGCAAACCGAUGGCCAUCUGCCAGGUGAACGUGGAGCCGACACCUCACGUUGUCGAUCAGACUUUCAGGCUUUACCACCCCGAGCUCUGCUUCCUCAAGAAAGCCAUACGCCUGCCACCCUGGCAUGACCCAGCAGUUGCUGACGCUGAUGCCAGGACUCACAUUUCUGUCCGCUGCAGUGACCCUAACAUCAUUUGCCAAACAAGGAUGCUGGUGCCAGGGGAGCCUCAGGAUGUGUACUUGAAAGUGCCAGGGAGUCCCAGUCCACACAUAAAAAUGUUCUUUGUGAUGGUUUUUACUGAUAAGUGGAUGGCGGCGCCCUCCCAGAUCUGGCAGAUUUAUGUGCAUUUCCUGGAGCGGGUGGAUGUCAGCUGUGUGACUGGCCAGCGGAACUGUCAAUCAAUGGUGCUGAGGGGGAAGCAGGCUGUGCGCAAGGUCAAAUGUUUCUCAUCACACCCCCAGGAGAUUGAGGUGGACCCAGAGGGUGUGUUCCUUUUGCCUUCUGCAGCGGUGCAGGAGCUCCAGCUGAAGGUGCAACCAUGGCGAGCAGGCAGUCGCUUCUUGUAUGUACACGCAGUGGAUGUGGAGCACCGGCGGCUGGUCACCGCCUGGCUGCUCUGUCUGAACGUCCACCGGCCCGUGCUGUCCAAGGCGUUCGAAGUGUGUGUCCCGGUUGGUAGUGGGCGUGGCAGCUCCAGGAAAAUCACCUACACCAACCCCUACACCAGCAGGCGCAAAUUUCUGCUCCGCUCUGACCAUCCGGACCUGCUUCAGUUCAAAGAAGAUAAAUUCCAGAUCGGCGGGGGAGAGACUUACACCAUCGGACUACGAUUCGCCCCUAGCCAGAGUCCCGGCUCAGUGGAGAUACUGGUCUACGUGAACAACCUGGAGGAGAAGACGGAGGAGACAUUCUGUGUGAAGGUCAACUACUCAAACUGAACUGAUGGUGGUUGUACAAACUGCUCCCUGGAAAUGUUAAUCUGGUUAUCUGCAUUUUAAAUUUGUUUUCUGAGUGUGAAAUUAACUAAAAUGAGUACAAAUGAGCUAUAUUUUUUGUACUUGGUGUGUGUAAUUUUGUAGUAGAUCAUAUUUAAGACAGAAAUA